AUAGAGAUAAUAACAAUGACAUUGAUAAAGGAUCCAGGGUAUAUGCGCAACUGGUUGGCAUUCCACUUUCUGGGCAAUAUCAACAACUUCUCAUAUUGUGUUGUAAAUGCUGCUGGUCAAUCACUUGCAGACUUCUUCAACAAUCAAAAGAACAUAGGUCUUAUCCUCUGGGCAAACAUCGCCUUUGGCUUUGUCGCAAGAUUACUCAAUACAUUCGCUUUGGAAAGUGUCAGCUCUAAACCAAAGAUAUUUGUCAACUGUUUGAUCUUUGCCGCUGGAUUGAUUGGUGUGGCAUUGUCGGUAUACGUCAACUUUUGGUUCUGUCUAGCAUGCAUUGCACUCAUUGGUAUCGCUUCGUCAUUUGGUGAGAGUGUCAUGCUUGUACAUCUCAGACAAUACCCAUCUGACCUUGUCAACGGAUGGGCAUCUGGCACCGGUGUAGCAGGUGUCUGUGGAUCACUAUUCUACAUUGCACUCAGUGGAUUGGCUCAUCUUCAGAACCAAACAAUCUUCCUCAUCAUCCUACCAACAGUUGCAAUGUAUGGACUGUUGUUCUUUGUUUGCCUCAAGCCACCAGUACCACAGGAUGCUGCCUAUUCACCAUUGAAAAAUGAGCAGAAGGAACCACAACCAAGUAUCGAUGACAAUGUAAACACGACAAGCGAUGAUAGAAUGAUCAUUCAGGACAUUGACAACAGUGGUGGAGAUGACGACAUCAAGCCUGUGACAGGACCAUAUGGCGAGACCAGUAGGAGUCGCUACAUUCGUUGCGCCAAGCUAGUCUGGUGGAACUCUGUCAACCUCAUGCUAGUCUACUUCUUUGAGUACGUCGUCUCUGUUGGUGGCGCAGACACUGCCAUCAAGAACCUCAAUGGAAACUGGUUCCAGAGGAAUGCAUAUCCAAUCCUUAGCUUCUGUUAUCAGCUUGGUGUCCUUAUGUCCAGGUCAUCGCUGCAGUUAUUCAAGAUUAAACAUGUUGGUAUACUUACCAUUCUACAAGGAUUGAACAUGGCCCUGUGGCUGAUCCAAGGAAGAUACAAGAUGAUUGAGUCGGUAUGGGUACUAUUUGUAUUAAUGUUCUAUUGUGGACUGCUUGGAGGAGCAGCCUACGUCAAUGUAUUCUACUUGAUAUUGAACGACAAGAGGAUUCCAGAGGAAGAUCGCGAGGUCUGCAUCAACUAUGCAGCUCUUCUAACGACACUUGGCAUCACCCUAGCCAGUUGUUUCAUCCUAAUCAUGGAUCACACCUGGAUGAAGAACUACCUACCUUCU